GAUAACAUGAUUGAACGUGUGUGUGUUGCAGGGUGACAGAGUUGAUGGGUUACACCCCUGAGGACCUGCUGGGUCGAUCAGUCUAUGAGUUCUACCACGCCCUUGACUCAGACAGCAUCACCAAGAGCCACCAUAACUUGUGCAGCAAGGGUCAAGCAGUGAGCGGUCAGUACCGUAUGCUGGCCAAGAAUGGCGGCUACGUCUGGGUGGAGACUCAGGGAACCGUCAUUUACAACAGUCGCAACUCUCAGCCUCAGUGCAUCGUGUGCAUCAACUACGUCCUGAGUGACGUGGAGGAGAAGUCGGUCAUUUUCUCCUUGGAGCAGACAGAGGCGCUGUUCAAGCCGCCAAAUAUGAGCAGCUUCUUCACCACUGAAGGAGCCAGCAAGAACGCAGAAUCAGGAGCUUCUCUCUACAAGAAGUUCAAGACAGAGCCAGAAGAUUUGGCUCAGCUGGCUCCGACUCCUGGAGACACCAUCAUCUCCCUCGACUUUGGUUGCACUGAGUUUGAGGAGUCCCAGCAGCCAGCGCCUUUUACCCCAGUGUCUUCUUCACCCAUGCCCCCUCCUUCAUGUUGGACAAUCGAGAGCCAAAAGCCGGCUCCUGUGGCAACAGCUCAGACCCCGGCUCCAGCUCUUGGUGACGCACCUAACAGAGCUGGGGCGUUCACUGUGCAGCAGAAAGCUCCACUGGGCAGCGCCACCCCGAGCCUCAGCAGCUGCUCCACGCCCAGCAGCCCAGGUGAUUACUACAGCUCGGUGGAGAGUGACCUGAGGGUGGAGCUCACUGAGAAGCUGUUUGCUCUGGAGACUGAGGGAAAUGACAGCACUGCACACACAGAGGAGGACUUGAGUGACUUGGAUUUGGAGACUCUGGCUCCUUACAUCCCGAUGGAUGGAGAGGACUUCCAGCUCAAUCCGAUCAUUCCGGAGUCAGAGCCCCUGGAAGCGGCUCAGGUGGGGUCCCUAGGGAGCCUGAGCAACCUCAGCAUCCAUCAGAGCUGCAACAAUGUAGCCAGCCUCUUCCAGCCACUCACCGCCCCCCCUCAGCCUCAGAACCACUACCAGCCGCAACCGCAAGCAUCCUGGGCCACGGGUGGGAGGAGAGGCCCCAACCCGGGCGCCAUGGAAAUGCGACAGAAGUUGUGCAUGAUGCCCCCGAUACGGAACCCCCCUUUCCGAGGCCUGGCUGGCACGCCUCUGUCUUCCAUACAGUGGCCUCCGGACCCAAUAAUAACCUACCAACAGCGGCAACGUUCACCGAAGACCUGUCUGAUUGACGACAUGUCGGGCGAAGAGCAGCUGUCCUGCCAGCAGAACACAUCACACCUAGAGCACAAACAGAGGUCCAUUGAUAAUUUUGUGCAAGCCUACAAAGAUCUGGAUCCAGCAAGAGUGGCCAUGAAUAACAGCAUCAAGCGUUCCUUCAACCAGAUGGCACUGGGUGAAAGAAAGCUGACGGAUGCCAUAUGGAAGAAGAUGAGGGGCGAUGGCUACAUGGACCGCUCCCUCAGUGCGGGGUCACUCACAGAGUCAGCGACGAUGGGCCGGAUGAUUCCAGGUAUCAGGCCCCCGUUCCCCGCCUCGCUGCAACAACACAGGACGUCACGGUAUCGAGGGGAUGGAAUUAGUGGACCAAAUGGAAAACCCUUUUCCAGAAAGAGUUGCAGCUACACGGAGUAUAACCUGAUGUCUUCAGGCAUAGCAAGUUGUUUGCUGGGCCCUUCGUUUGAGCCCUCCUGCUUGCCGCAGCUGACCCGCUAUGACUGUGAGGUCAACGUCCCACUGCAGGGCAACCUCCACCUCCUCCAGGGCUGUGACCUGCUGCGAGCCCUGGACCAGAGCACCUAAAGCCCGCUCCCUUUCACUGACUCAAACCCACCAUAAAGCCUGGAUAUCACCCCUGAGCCUCAGCCUGCAGUCUGGUGACUUCUGCCUGUUCUCUGCCUCUGAACCUCUUGGGGCCGACUUCAGAGCCCUGAGACGAAGCUACUUGUAGAGCACGGUAUCCAUGACCACAUCCUGCCUUACUCAGCCCCACACUCUUCUUCCUGCCCUGCCUCUAGUUCUCAGUAUAAACUAAAACAUGCAGUAUAAUACCAGGCUCAAGCUACAUUCAUGUUUUUUUUCACCCUAAAAUACUGCGGCAUAAACCGGACGCAGGCUGAGUGGAAGAGUAACCAACCAACACCAAACGGGUCCGCAUGGGGAGGAGAAAAAGGUCAAUGCUGGUAUUUAACAGAUUAUAUCAUGUUACUCUCACUUGUGUUAUGUAUUAAAGUUUUGUCAGGAUGUCUGGAGCUGCAGCUGUAGUCCCAGGCUGUGUAGCUUUGAGGAGAACAUAUUCUACCUACACAUCAGCACACACAUUGUGCUCUUUUGUUGUUUUUGUUGACUGACUUUAGCCUUUCUCACCAGCUCGCAUCGUCUUCGAGCUGAGGCACCGUAACACAAACUGGUCACAGCACUAGACCUUUAUUAAAUCUACUUUAUAUUUUUUACUUUAGCCUUCAUCGGUCUGUACUGACGUGAUUCCUUCUACUUUUAUUAACCAAACUGAAUAUCUUAAAUGAAUUGAUGCAACACUGCUGUAUUGAGACUAGCCUUCUCGUGUAUUUUGGGUCCUUACUCAGUCAGCUAGUAGAUUCUUCUGUUUGUUUCUCAUAGUGGUAUAACGUACUCCUGUGUAAGUUAAAUAUUAGACAUUUCUGUCUUAAUUCAGAAUUUUGAAUGUGUCUGUGUUAAUCUAUAAUAACAUCCUAUAUGACAACAA